GGAAUUAAAUCGAGAGAACCGGUUCUAGGGAUUCUCCUUAUAUCUCUGGCGCCUGAUUUUCUUGGCGCCUUAUUUUCUUAAUCUUCACACAUUUUCCUUUCGUCAUCUUCUUUGAUCUCAUUCUAUUUUUCUCAUCGUCUUCGUUUCGAUUACAAGUUUCAGAAUCAGAUCCGUGCCAUAGGAUCGAUUUUAAGAUUGAGGUAUUUUUCUUCUUCAGAUAAUACGAAUCUUCGUUUCUAAGUAGAUUACCCUUCCCAACCGAUCGAUUGUUUCGCUAUAAGCUUUAAUCUGGAACUUUAGUGUUAGUAUUUGAAGCGAAUCGAUUUGAGUUUAGAGCGUUUUUUAUCUAGGAUUUUGAGAUGAAGCGGCAGAGGAAAUCGAAAGGUGUAUCGUGGACUCAUGGAGUUGAUCUUUGUCGGGACUGUCCUUCAAAAGCUGGCCUGAAAUCUUCAGAUUAUCUCGAAGCAGAAACUCCCAGGAUGUUGCAUCCUUAUACUGCCGAAUUUAACGAUUGCCCUCCUGGAUUUGAGGUUACUCCUUCGGGAACCCAAUUAGCUAAUUUGUCCAGCAUCUCUUUGAUUAAGUGGAGAUGCCCUCUUAAGUUUGUUAUGGAUUGCAACUGGUGUGUGACAGCAGGAGAGGAAAGUAUAGAGGUAGAAUCUCAAAAAUUGAGGGAGAUGAGAUUUCUUGAAGUAGUUAAUCCCCGAGUGUCUGCUAUUCCUUCAGGUGCUUCCGUAUCUACUGAUAUUGAGGAUGAAGUUUAUGAUGAUAGCUUCACUCCUCUUGUCCCUAUCAUUCCGAUCGAGGAAGACGAGUGCGAAGAUUUAGAGCCAGAUUCAGCUGCUGUAGGAAACCUCUGUACUACCUCAAUGCCUGUUACAGCUUCUAACAUUCAGUUGGAACCUGCAAUACUCGUACGUACAAUUGAUACGUCUGCAGGUGAAAAGCCUACUGAGAAGUUACCUGAUGUUGGUAUGGAUGUAGCUGCUGUUGCAUCUACUGCAUUGACGGUAUUAAUGAAAAGCAUGGAGCAGGGAAGCAUGAUCAACACCAAUUUGCUUAUUAAAAUUUUCAGUGACCCAAAAAUGAUCCAGAAUUUGGCGAACAUUCCCCCAGUAUCUGAAGCAGUAUCAGGGAGUACACCCCUGGCUACUGCUGCACCAAUAUCUUUGUCGAAGCCAGUGAUCAAACCUUCCUUGUCUUUCCCAAAAUCUGAUCUGAUACCAAAGCUCCCAAAUGGAAGCUUAUUUAGAGUGUCGAAUGGAUUCCCAUCCAAGGUAGCCACUGCUCUUCCUCAGAUUAGUAUCAUUCCUACAUCUGAUGUAAAUCUAGCCCCAGUCCCCAGCCACAUGCCAGUUCCAGAUCCCAACAAGGUAAAAAUUAUGGUACGGAAUUCCAAGAACUGUUCUAAAAUAGGUGCAAUUCCCGCUCAAGCGAACAUUGCACCGGUAUGUUCAGUAAGAAAUGGUCAGCAAUGCAAGGAUCUUAACUAUUGUAAGAACUUGGUGAGACAACAUGGAAACCAGAGGAAUAGUAAGGAACAGAAACCUGGACAAGAUGGAAAUAAUCACCAUCAUCGUAUUCUGAAAAGGGUACAUGAGAUGAAUGCAGAAAACUUGAGACCCAAGAUUGGGAAACAAUGCAGUUACUUUGAUACCCCAAAAGGGUGUAGAAAUGGCGUUAAUUGCCAAUUCAAACAUGAUGACACAUUUAAGAAUCAAAACGCUAAGAGAAUGAAAGUGUGUGGUGAAGUAACAGGGAUGACUUAAUUGGGUUAUGCUUCACUAUUCAGGAUUUUCAGGAUGAAUUUGAACAAGAUAUCCACGGGGGAAUUUUGAAUCUGGGGCAUGUAUUAGUGGCUGUUUGAGAUUAGCAGGGAUAAUUGGUGUUCCCUGUGUAAAUCCUUCAGCAAGAAUGUGAAUUCUUUGCAUACGAUUCUAUUUGGCAAAUAGAACAUAUUUUCCUUUUUGGUUUUAA